AUGCUGCUGCUGCUGCAGCAGCAGCAGAAGCAGAUUCAUCGAUGUAGAAGACCUGCAGCAGAUCUCACCCCACAACAUCGCCAUCAGCAGCCGGCUGCUCUCCCUGUUGCUGCUGCAGCAGCGGCUGCUGCAGCAGCAGCAACAGCAGCAGCAGCAACAGCAGCAGCAGCAGCAGAAUCGGAUGGUGUUGCUAGGAGGCAAACGGCAUUUCAUUUAGCAGCAAACGGUUUGAGGCCGUGUGGGGCCCCACAGCUGCGGGUAGCCUCAAUGAGGUCCUUCACCCGCCUGUUGCUGCUGCUGCUGCUGCAGCAGCAGCAGCUGCUGCAGCUAGUUUGGUUCGGAGAGGGACUUUCGUUGCAGACUGGACACUCCGGGGUGCUGCUGCAGCUGCCUGCUGCUGCGCUGUUGCGUUCCCAAGAGCCGCAGCAGCUGCAGCAGCAGCUGCUGCAGCAUUUGCAACAGCAGCAGCAGCAGCAGCAAAAACAGCAGCUGCGGACAGCUGCCUUUAUCCGUGCAGCAGGUGCGAGGGCAUCACAACGAACGCGAGACACGGGCAGCUGCAGCAAAUUCAAAGCUGCUGCUGCUGCUGCCUGGCCAGCAGGAGCAGCACGCGCAGCAACACGAGCAGCAACAGCAGCAGCAGCAGCAGCUGCUGCUGCUGCUAAGCCACCGUGCACGUGCGGAGACGCCUCUUGCCCUUUUACUGUUGGUGUUCGUCUCUGGAGUCCGGCGAAGGCAAACCUCCUCCUCAAGAUCCUCCCCAGCAGCAGCAGCAACAGCAGCAGCAGCAACAGCAGCAGCAGCAACAGCAGCAGCAGCAACAGCAGCAGCAGCAACAGCAGCAGCAGCGGAGGAGACAAGUACCACGACCUGUUGUCAAUCUUCCAGGCCCUAAAUCUCUGCGACGAGGUGUCUGUACACCUCAAACCCCCCAAUUUUUCAGUGGAUGCCGCAGGCUGCAGCAGCAGCAGCAGCAGCAGCAGCAAGAGCAGCAGCAGCAGCAGCAGCAAGAGCGACUAUCCUUUUGUCUCCAUCAGCAGCGAAGGAGACGUUUUGUUUAGCAGCAAAGACAUCAACUGCCCUCCGCAGAAGAAUUUAAUCUUCAAGGCUCUCAACUUCUUUAGGCAGCACUGCUUGCAGCAGCAGCAGCAGCAGCAGCAGCAGCACCAACAGCAGCAGCAGCAGCAGCAGCAGGUGCAGUUUGUGGUUCACUUGAGGAAAGAAAUUCCGAUGGAGGCGGGGCUUGGAGGGGGAUCGUCUAAUGCUGCUGCAGUGCUGCAUGCAGCAGACCUUAUCCUCACCAAGGGAAGCUUCUCGCAGCAGCAGCAGCAGCAGCAGCAGCAGCAGCAGAAGCAGCAGCAGAAGCAGUCAGAGGAGUUCGCUGCUCCAGAAUAUUGUGGAGAAAGGAAGAAGACGUCCGUCGCCGCAACACCAGUUGAAGCAGCAGCAGCCGCAGCAGCAGCAGAAGCAGAAGCAGCAGCAGCAGCAGAUUUGUGUUUUAAUUCAGCAUCAAUGUCUUCACUGCUGUCUGUACAGCUGGGGGCUGAUGUCCCGUUCUUCCUAAGCAGCAGCGGAGGCGCUGUUUGCUGCGGCAGAGGAGAGAAGGUUUGCUGCUGCUCCCGAAGGAUUCACAACCUCCUCCAAAGAGCCAUCGCACAGCAGCAGCAGCAGCAGCAGAAGCAGCAGCAGCAGCAAGGUGAGCAGCAGCAGCAGCAGCAGCAAGACGUGGAGGUUUUUGUUGUGAAGGGAAAUGAGGGCCUCUCCUCCGGAGAAGUCUUCAAACAAUUCGACAGACUUGCCAGCAGCAGCAGCAGCAACAGCAGCAGCAGCAGCAGCAGCAGCAACAGCAGCAGCAGCAGCAACAGCAACAGCAGCAGCAGCAAAGAAACAGACAUUGGCAUUGUCUCCGACUGGCUCUCAAAGCGAGAGCGCCGCACACUCCACAGCAAAGGGGAAGAGAGACAAGCAGCAGCAACAAGAGAAGCAGCAGCAGCAGCAGCAGCAACAGGCGAGGCAGCAGUAGCAGCAACAGAAGCAGCAGCAGAUGACGAGCCGCCGCAGGAGGUUGUGGAUGCCUUUCUUCGUUGUUUGCUGCAUAAUGAUUUGUUUCCUGCUGCUGCUUCGCUGCAGCAGCAAGUUGCCGCUGCAGCUGCUGCUCUGCGCUCCAUCACCGCACCACAAGGACCAGAAACAGCAGCAGCAGCACAGCAGCAGCAGCAGCAGCAGCAGCAGCAAAAGCAGCAGGUGCUGCUAGCAAGCGGCCUUACUGGCAGCGGCGCUGCGCUCAUUGGAGUAGGAAAAGCAGCAGCAACAGCAGCAGCAACAACAGCAGCAGCAGAGGAAGUUCGCUCUGUUGCUGCUGCACUGCAGCUAGUAGGGUAUAGAUGCUGUCCUGUCUAUAAGCAGCCUUUGACUGCUAAGGUGUAUGCACACCCCACAGCUGCUGCAGCAGAUCCAGCAGCAGCUGCUGCAGCACAGCAGCAGCAGCAGCAGCACUUCUGGUUCUCCCCAGACAAACUUGCAACUAAAAUCAUUUAA